AUGCUACACACAGCUAAAGUCAAUGAAGAGCUGUAUCAAAAAGCUCGUGAAUUAGUUACCGAUGUACAUGCAAAAGUACUAAAGAUUUUAAAGAGAGGUGAGAAUGUUGUCGUUUCAAACGGAGAGUAUAUGCCAUGUUAUAAUGCAGUUAUUAAAGCUUGUGAUUCUUCCUAAGAACCAACCGCAAAUAAAGAUGAAAAAAUAUAAAAUAAUGAAGAAAGGCUAUUCAACUGGUUUAAAUAAUUGAUUAAGGAAUAUUUAUUAGGUGAUGUUUAAGAAUCAAAUUUAAUUAUGGAUUAAGAGUAGUAUAUUGAAAAGGUGUAUAAAUAAUAUAAAAAUUUUUAAAUUUACCUCCAUUGGCUCUCACGUCUGUUCUACUACCUUGACUAAUUCUUUUUAAAAAACAAGAAUUCUACUCUCCACGUUGAAGGUUUUAAGAUAUACAGAGAUGAUUAUUUUUAGAUUAUUAAUAAUAAACUAUUCAAUCACAUUGUAAAUUUCUAAAAAAUGGCUAGAGAAGACUAAUCAAUUCCUCGUGAAACUGUAAAAAGACUUAUUCAAAUAUACUAAGAAGUAGGCUUUAAAAAGACUGUAAAGCUAAAAAAGAUUGCAAACUCUUCUGAGUUCGCUUAUGAAGUUGACGAUGGCUCUAAGUAUUACGAAGAUAAUUUCUAAGCAAAGUUUGCGGAUGAGAUGGAGCAAUACUAUUUAAAAAGGGUAAAUGAGUGGAGUAAUUUAAGCACUCCAGAAUAUGUAGAAUAAGCUUUAAAAAGCCUUUAAAAGGAAGAAGAAAUAGCUUAAUACUUCUACAGCAAAUCAUAAAAGAUUAUUGUAAAUAGAAUUGAACAAAUCGUUAUCUAGCAAUAAAGUGAAACACUUGCUAAUAAUGAGUAAACAGGUUUAUAUUCUAUGCUUAAAGAAAAGAAAGAGAAUGAAAUGAAAAAUUUAUAUAAACUUUUCAAAAGAGUAGCUGAAACUCUUGACCAUGUAGCCAAAAAGCUUGGUUAAUACAUUAACUACCACGGAAAUAUUUUCAAUGAAUAAUCUGAUAGCCGUAAAUCAGAAGGAGUUACAUAAAAGGAUAUUGCAGUUGAAUUCGUCUAAAAAGUAUUUGCUCUAAAGAAAGAAUGUGAUCAUUUGGUCUAAGAUGUUUUCAACCAAGAUAUUACCAUCUAAAAAGCAAGAGAUAAUGCUUUCUAAAAUUUCUUAAAUAAAAAUGAUAAAAGUACUUUCUUUCUUGCUACUCAUGCUGAUAUCAUUUUGAAACAAGAAGGGCUUUAAAAUGAACAAGAAAUCGAAGAUCGUGUUUAAGAAAUUGUUGGUAUUUUUGUCUAUUUCUAUUCAAGAGAUACUUUCUUUAAACAUUAUUAAAAAUUCUUUUCAAACCGUCUUCUAAACGCUACUUCCAGAAACAAAGAAGCAGAAAAGUCAUUAAUAGCAAGAUUCAAGACUGAAGCAGGUUAGACUGGUGUCAAUAAAAUUGAAACAAUGCUGAAGGAUAUUAAUAAUAGUGAAGAAUUCAAUUAAGAUAAUAGAAAACAUAUUAGUCCUCUUGGAAUAGAACUAAAUGUUAGUGUACUCACUACAGGUAGUUGGCCUAUAGCAAAUACCUAAGAAAAGGUUAGUACACCUUAAGUUUUAAAGUCUAGCAUAGAAAAGUUUGAAUAACUUUAUAAGUCUAAAUACAAAGGUAGAAAUAUUAAUUGGUUAUAUAGUUAAGGUACUGCAGAAAUGUAAUUUAGAUCUAAAGAGAAAUAUUUGUUAAUUGUAAACUCGUAUUAAAUGGUUGCUUUGCUUUCAAUCUAAUCUUAAGCUAAUACAAUCAGCUACUAAAAGUUAGUUUAAAUUUCAGGAAUUCCUGAGAAUGAACUUGAAUUCUUACUGAUGCCCUUUGUUAAAUUAAAAAUAUUGAACAAAAGUGAUGAAGGAGACGCUUUUAAUAACAAUUCAGAGCUUUCUAUUAAUAGCCAAUUCUAAAAUAAGCUUAAAAAAAUAAAAUGUAUUCCUGGUGGUAAAUAAGCCCAACAAAAAAAAUAAAAAGAAGACGAUGAAGGCAGAACUUAAUUUAUGGAAGAAAUGAAUAGAGAAAGAGAAUUUAUUGUUGAUGCUUGCAUUGUUAGAAUUAUGAAAAGUAGAAAAACCAUGAAACACAAUGAUUUAUUCCCAGAAGUUAUAAAAUUAAUCAAUAAUUUUAAACCAGAAAUUCCUCUUAUAAAAAGACGUAUAGAAUCUCUGCUUGAUCGUGACUAUCUCAAAAGAGAUGAAAAUGACAGAAAUACAUUUAUAUACGUACCAUGA